GGCAUCUUUUUGGGGCUUCCACCCGCCGUUCGGCGCCAGAUAUACCACCACGUCUUCCCCCAGCCAAACUAUCCCAUACGCCUGAACCCAAUUACCAGCUAUGAGGCUACACCCCUAUUUUAUUCUGCUAAGCACUUUUUCGUCCGGUAUUUUGAAUGUGGGGACCUGGAAGAACCACAAAAACUUACUCUCAGCUCCAUGAGGGCUCUUCUUCUCCUAACCAUCCAUCUCAACGUCAGCUCAUGUGAACAGGGAGCCCCAUGCUGCAGGGGUCACAGGGUAUUGCACGAUUAUGAUUGUGAUUCUUACUAUGGUAAACCUCUUGGUCCAUCGGUAUCUAAAUUGUUCAUGUAUGCGAUGCUUUUCGAAUGGUACUGUGCCAUUGAGGAAAUGAGCAAGCAUAUCCCUCCAUCACAGCUUCAACUGUUCCUGGUUUGUGAUGUUGAGGAUAUAGACAUAGCGAAAAAGGUGCUUCGUCCACUGUUGAAGCUCCCAAUCCUGGCAAACUGUAACAUUCGUCUGAGUCGAGACCAGGACUCUUCUCUCUAUAACCUGGAACGCCAAGCAGCAACCCAAGCCGUUGGGCAAAUUUCCUGAGAAAUCUUUUCGAUUCCUGGACCUACCGCUAGAACUUCAAUGUCGGAUUUUGGAGUACACGGAUCUUGUGACGGUCUCGAGCAAUAUGAAUAUAUAUUGGUAGACUAUCUGACGAAAUUCUAACAUGAGGAAAGAAAGGAAAGAGGUAGGCCUGCCGGCGACGAGCUAU